CUGUUUUACAGAACACAAGUACUGAUACGGCCAAUAAUGAACCCACAUGAAGGGAUCUUCAGGACAUUCCUUUAUUUCUCUAACCAGGAAUGGGAAGCAAAAUGCUGGCAUUUAUCUGAACUGGAAGCCGUGUUCCUCUCCUUUUUCUCCUUGAGCACACUGUGUGUUAUUUGCAGACUUCACUGCCCAGCCCAUCAAUCCUCUCGUGGCCAAUUGCUAAAUGGCACAAGUACCAAAAUACAGGUGCCAGCAUAAUCAGCCCAGCACUAAUGCAGCACUGCUUUGAUGGUGCACAGGAGCACAGAAUGGCUUGGCUUGGAAGGGACAUUUAAAGGCCAUCUAGUCCCAAUGGCCUGGAGUGAGCAGGGACACCUUGAACUAGGUCAGGUUGCUCAGAGCAGGAGCUUGAAUGUCUGCAGGGAUGGAUGUCCGCCUCUCUGGGUAACCUGUGCCAGGGUUUCAUAACAAACAGUGUAAAAAAUGUGUUUCUUUCAUCUAGUCUGAAUUUACCAUCUUUUAGAUUAAAACCAUUCCCCCUCGGUUUGGUCACAAAAGACUCUAUUAAAAAUUCUGUCCCCAUCUCUUUACAAGCCCCCAUAAGGCCCUGAAAGGCAGCAAUCAGGUGUCCCUGGAGUCUUCUCUCUUCCAGGCUGAACACUGCCAGCUCUCCCAGCCUGUCUCCAAAGCAGAAGGGCUCCAGCCCUCAGAGCUUUUUGUCCCUCCUCUGGACUAGAUCCAACAGGACCGUGUCCUUCCUGUCUUGGGGACCCAGAGCAGGAUGCAGUACUCUGUCGUGGUAGAGACUGAGACACUACAAAGCAACACAGUCCAUUUCCAGAAGGCUUCAAACCCUGUUUUUAUUCUAGCCUGCAUGCUUUUUCUGCAUUUUUACAAAGCUCUUAACUUUAUACUUUACUCAUUGGUCGCGAGAUACAAGCAAAAUACUCAUUGGAAUAGGGAGUUGCAGGUUUCUUUUAUUUAUCCUUUCUUUCUUGGUUUCUAUGAUCAAUGACAUAGAAAAUUGCUAGAAAACUAUUUUAGUUGUAAACAUGGAUCCUCCUACCUAACUUCUCGAUGGCUCACAGAGGUCACUGUAAAACGUCUUCCACAGUACUCCAGGUGGGGUCCCACCAGAGCAGAGGGGGGGGAGUCACCUCCUUCAACCUGCUGGGCACUCUCCUUUGGAUGCACAUGGCUGGCUCAUGUCCAGCCUCUCUUCUAGCAGCAACCCCAAGUCCUUCUCGGCAGAGCUGCUCUGCAUCCCUUCAUGUCCCAGCCUGUGAGAUCAGCUGAGCUGGGACUGUGUCACAGCCCUUGGGCAGAGCAGCUGGGCAGGAUGAGCUCCCUUCCGAAGAAAGCAGAACCCACUCCAAAGAUCUCCACCCUGGCCAUGAGGUCACAGAAGGCUCUGAGAUCACAGAGGUGCCAGAGCCCCGUGGUUGCAGAGCAGCACAAGGAGCCAGCAGUCAGUCCCUGAGCACAACUGUUGCGGCGGCAGCAGCAGCGGUGGCAGCAGCGGUGCUGACAUUGGGACAGCGGUGUCAGGACAGAGGUGGCAGCAAGAGCUGCGGGACUGGCAGAGGGCAAGGCAGCAUGGCCCUUGCUCUGCACCUCUUCCUCCUGCUCCUCCUGGCCGUGGCCCUGCCUGCCAGGGCUGCACAGGCUGCUCCACUCCAAGUGUGGCGAGCAGAUGAGCAUGCUAGGAAGGCUUCUCCAGCAGCUUGGCUUAAUGAUGAUUUCCAGGGUCUUAACCCUCCACCAGUUUCAGGUGUGUCUGCAGGAAAGACUUUUCAGGCUCCUUUCCUGGUUGCUGCACACAAGCCCCGCUCCCAUGGCACGGGUCCUCCGAGAAGGAGGAACAAACCUGGAGGAGACAGGAAGUCCCUGGAGGCAUCCAAACAGAUGGACAGGAUCUGGAGUGACCUGGAGAGACAACGUGACAUGGAAGGAGAGAGUGUGCUGACAGCUGCAUUUCCCGGAGGAAGCAGUGGCUCCAUGGCAGCCUCUGCCCCAGGAAGGGAGGCGAUGCCAGGCAAAGGCCCCGGAGACUGGGAACGUGACUUCCAUCACUGGGAAACGCUGUUAAAGCACAGUUUAAGGAUGUUGGAGCUUGGUGAUGGUGAACCUGAUGAUGAAGACAAUCCUGAUGACGAAGAUAAUACGUUUGAUGAAGAUGAUCUGGAUUCCCAAUGUGUACCCAUUACUGAGCCUCUGGGAGAUGCUGAGGUUUCAGGUGUGUCUGCAGGGAGGACUUUGGUGGAUGUUGCACACAAGCCCCACUCCCAUCGCAGGGGUCCUCCAAGAAGGAAGAAGAAACCUACAGGAGCUCGUAAGUCCCUGGACAUUUCCAAACAUCUGGAACAAAAACAGAGUGGCGUGGACAGCCAGCGUGAUGCAGCCGAGAACUCAACAGAUUGGAAAAGCAUGAGAAGAACUUUCAGCUCGGAAACAUCCUUUUUGAUUAAGUUGAUGGCCAUUGUGGCACCUGCAGCACUGUCCCUGAUGAUGUGCUAUGCCAGAAUCUGGUAUUGCUCGAAGAGAAAACGGAGCACCUCGGGAGAGGAGUUGAAAAACGGUGGCUGCACCUCACACCCAGCCAGCGUGAGCAGCUCCUCCAGCAGCAGGGACGGCCUGGACAGCCCUCUCAAAUGUUCUGUGAAGAGGAGCCCAGAACAACUGUCUACACGGAAACCUCCUUUUACCCCGUAGAUCCCACUGCCACCUGCUCUCCCCAUGGGCCUCCCCAAGCUGCCUUCAUCCCUUUUUUUCUCUCCGUCUGUCCCAUCCCAGCCAACUCGAGUUCCUCUAGGGACCCCAGGACCAGCCCAGCACCUUCCAGCCCCUCCGGAGACCAACACAUCCCUUCCU